AUGAAGCAUAUUGAUAUUGUGGCCAUUAGGAAUGGGCCUCAAUUGAAGGACACCCACGGGGACAACCUUAUUGGUCCAGUGACUAGAAAUAUAAAAAGCAUUGAUGAUUCUAAGAAAUCGGGGAUUGACGGAUACACCUCCAAAUUCUUCAAAAGUACAUGGAAGAUUACAAGGGGAGUAGUUCUUGAUGCGGUUCAGGAUUUUUUUGUGCGUAAUAGAUUAAUUGCCAUGGCCAACUGUGCGCUUGUCACACUAAUUCCUAAAACUUCUGAAGCUAAGAGGAUUAAGGACAUGCGUCCCAUAGCUUGUUGCAGCAUCAUUUUUAAAGUGAUCUCAAAAAUUCUGACUUUGAGGUUGAGUAGGAUUAUUAAUGAGAUCAUUGAUGAAAGCUAA